GUGCUUAUAGUCAUCACAGAAGUUAAAGUAAUAAACUUGCAGGUGCUUAUAGUCAUCACAGAAGUUAAAGUAAUAAACUUGCAGGUGCUUAUAGUCAUCACAGAAGUUAAAGUAAUAAACUUGCAGGUGCUUAUAGUCAUCACAGAAGUUAAAGUAAUAAACUUGCAGGUGCUUAUAUUCAUCACAGAAGUUAAAGUAAUAAACUUGCAGGUGUUU